CCAUGCGGCGGGUAGCCGAGACUCUCGUCCUCCUCCGGUUUAGCUUGAGGGGCACGAGGAGGAGUGCCUGACUGACGGCUUGACUGCUACUUCAUGUGGCGUUGCCGGUGAGGGAAGCAGGCAGGCGGCUUUUGCCGGCGCGAGGUGGACAGCCAAGGGGCGCGGGGAGGGCGGGGGGUGUCUUAAGAAACGGAAAACAGAGCCCAGAAAAAGAUGUUGCUCUCGCUGGUGCUGCACACCUACUCCAUGCGCUACGUGCUGCCCGCCGCUGUGAUGAUGGGCACCGCCCCCACCUACAUGCUGGCCUGGGGAGCCUGGCGCCUGCUUUCCGCCGUGCUGCCCGCCCGCUUCUAUCACCAGGUGGACGACCGGCUGUACACCAUCUACCAGAGCAUGGUGCUCUUCUUCUUCGAGAACUACACCGGCAUACAGAUAAUUUUCUAUGGUGAUUUGCCAAAAACAAAAGAAAAUGUAGUAUAUAUAUCGAAUCAUCAGUGUACAGUUGACUGGAUUAUAGCAGACAUGUUGGCCAUCAGGCAGAAUGCUCUUGGACAUGUUCGAUAUGUUUUGAAGGAUGGGUUAAAAUGGCUUCCUUUGUACGGGUGGUAUUUUUAUCAGCAUGGAGGCAUCUAUGUAAAACGAAGUGCCAAAUUUGAUGAAAAGAAAAUGAAGAGCAACUUACAAGCCCAGGCAAAAGCUGAGACUCCAAUGUAUCUUGUGAUUUUUCCUGAGGGAACACGUUAUAAUCCAGAGCUCCCAAAAGUCAUUGCAGAUAGUCAAUCAUAUGCUGAUAAAGAAGAACUUGCAGUGUUAAACCAUGUUCUUACUCCACGAGUGAAGGCUACAAAAGUUGCUGUGGACUCACUGCAAGAUUACUUAGAUGCAGUAUAUGAUGUUACAGUGGCAUAUGAAGGUACUGUGGAUCUUAAAGGACAAAGAAAAGUGGCACCAUCCAUGACAGACUUUCUCUGUAAGGAAUGCCCAAGAAUCCAUAUUUAUGUUGAUCGAAUUGAUGUAAAGGAUAUUCCAAAAGAACAGAUGUACAUGAGAAGAUGGCUUCAUGAACGUUUUGAAAUCAAGGAUAAGUUACUAAUAGAAUUCUAUGAUGCAAAAGAUUCUAAACGAAGAAACAAGUUCCCUGGGAAGUGUGUUCUUUCCAAACUAAGCCUCAAGAAAACAUUGCCAUCCUUACUGUUUUUAACUGGCCUGACUGCUAGUAUGUUACUGACAGAAUCUGGAAGAAAACUUUAUGUUAAAACAUGGAUAUAUGGGACUUUAUUUGGCUGGCUGUGGGUCAGUAUUAUAGUGUAAGGAGAUCCUACAGUCUUACGCACCUUGUCCUGUCUUUCACAUCACAUAAAAACUCGUUCAUGAAUUUAUAAUGAAAUGUAAAUAAAGCCUUAUUAAUGGAACUUUGGAUAAAUUGCGACUUGUGACCUAUGGCCAUUGUGGGAAACAAUCUGUAUGUCGUUGUGCUCCUAAUUUUUUUUCAAGAAGUCCUGCAGAGGAGCUGUUCUAACACACUGUUUUCCAUCCAUUAGUGGUUUACCUGUUUGCACAUGAUUAACAUGAUAAGUGCUUUGGCCAACAGAAAGAGCUAUAGAAGAAUGACUUCUUAUACUUUUCUGAACAACCCUGACCCCUGGAAAAGGUGCUCUUGCUGGAGCUGGAAGAUGCUCUUGAACAAUAUACCACAUGGCAUGUGUGACUACAGCAGAAGGGGAUAUCCAUCAGAAUCAUCCUUCCCAUAUUCUCAUGCCAGCUAGUUUUUUUAUUAUUAAUGAGGCUUCCUUUAGACCUGCAAGAGUGAAGAAAGCAUAUUGGGCAAACCCCCCCCCCUUCCAGUUUUCCACACUGCCUGGCAUAGUAUUUUGGAAAGCAACCUAAUCCUCAUCAGCAGCUUUUCAGAGGUCAGAAGGUUGCUGAGGGACAGGAAGGCACUAUAGAAUGCCGCAGCUAACUUGCUGUGUUCAUGGAAGCUUGAAUCAAACUCUUAUUUGUUUAUAGAUAAGUAACUUAAAUGGACCAAUGAAUGUAUUUGCUGACAAUACACUAGGCUUACAAAUGCAAUCCAGUCAGCAUUCUGGUGGCAAAAGAAUGAGGAAGGUUAUUUUCCCUCAUUUCCCCCAUCACUGCAGCACCCCAUAAUGUUUUUUUUGUCCAGCAGGUUGUUUGGUCCUGCAUUGCCUUUCAGGGGGCCUGGAGGGGAAGCCAGGGUACAAAAAUGCUUCUACCAAUGGAAAGCUGUUAAAAUCCACCCCUGUGUGGUUUUUUCUGCCCAAGUUUUGUGGUUCUUUCAUUCACAACAAUAUUAUAGCGGUGUUACAAACUAAAAA